AUGAAGUACCAGUACAAGGAGCCCAAGCCGUUCGCAUACGACUACUUCGUCAGCGACCACUACACGGGCACCAACUUUGUCAAGAAGGAGGAGACUACCGCCCCAGCUCCAUAUACGCCGGUGUACAGGCCCGCCCCGGCCUACAAGCCGGCCUCUUACUAUCCAGAGCCUAAGUACAAUGAGGAGGCCAAGCCUUUCGCUUACGACUACGCCGUCAACGACCACUACUCGGGAGCCGACUUCGCCAAGAAGGAGGAGAGCGAUGGCCACAACACUCAGGGGUAUUACUCGGUGGCUCUGCCCGACGGCCGUGUUCAGCACGUCAAGUACGUCGCCGACAACUACGGCGGCUACAACGCUGAUGUCACCUACGAGGGGGAGGCUCAGUUCCCCCAGUACCACCCCACGCCUGUCUACAAUGCUGCCGCUCCGGCUUACAACCCUGCUGCUGUUCACAAUUCUUCCCCUGUCUACAAGAUUGCUGCCCUGGCACACAAGCCUGCAACGUACUCGGCAUGA